UAUGACGAAAAGUCAAACGUACAAAGAGAGAAGACUCCCGUCUGCUGAUUAAGUCAUUCAGGCAGUGCUGGUGAUGAAGAGGAGCAGAGACGGGUAGCAGCGCACCGUGCUCGCUUUAAAGCGGGAUUUGGAUUAAAUAGCUUGUAAGAGAGCCGAUGAGCCUAACAUGCUGGACGGAGGUAGGCGGGGAGGGAGGUGAGAGCUAAUUUUUAUUUCCUACUGGGUCGAGAAGGGGAGGAGGAGGUAUUCUGGUAGCAGCGCAGAGCUUGUUUGACAUCGCGCAUCUGAAGGCUUCCGGCGCAAGUAAAUCUGUUUGUGAGGUGAGAAGAAGAGAGCCUCGGUCAGUUGCUGGCAGCAGCCCUCUUCAGCUGGACAUGAAAGUGCAGCAGGGCUGUAACUCAUCAGACAUGGGCAUCCCGGUUAGAACCGAAGAAGAGCUGCGCAAAAACACAGUUAUAACACCCGAGGAUGUGCUGGGGCUGCAGAAGAUCACAGAGAAUUACCUUUGCUCUCCUGAGGAAAAUGUCCACAUGAUUGACUUCACCCGGUUUAAAAUCCGUGACAUGGAAACAGGGACGGUCCUGUUUGAGAUCACCAAACCUCCGACACCUGGUGGUUUAAAGCAGUGUGACCCCAACGCCGGCCGAUUUGUCCGAUACCAGUUCACCCCAGCUUUCCUUCAACUGCGACAGGUUGGAGCCACAGUGGAGUUCACAGUGGGAGACACCCCCAUCAACAACUUUCGCAUGAUCGAGAGACACUACUUCCGCGACAAGCUGUUAAAGAGCUUCGACUUUGAGUUCGGCUUCUGCAUGCCCAGCAGCAAGAACACCUGCGAACACAUUUACGAGUUCCCCACACUGUCUGAGGAAAUCAUGUGUGAGAUGAUCCAGCACCCUUAUGAGACACAAUCUGACAGCUUCUACUUUGUGGACAACAAGCUGGUGAUGCACAACAAAGCAGAUUAUUCCUACUGCGGGGGACCAUAGAUGACCUCCUCCGCUCCUCUCAUUGAAGACAUUUUCAGGAUCAGAAGCACAUGGACUGAUGGACAAAUCACUGGCUUUAGAUGCUCAUUCAUCACCCCUGUUAGCUCCACUCAAUCACUUAGCUGCCUGGAUGGUCAGAUUCCUCCUCCGGAGGAGCGGUAAAAGUCUGCCAGUUUGCAACAGUUCACAUGAGGAAAGCGUGUGGGCAGCACACACAUCAGUGUCUACAUGCUUCCGAUUUCCAUCCUGUAUAUGUGGCCUCAAAUUCAACAUAAGUCAAGUCAAGUUUAUUUAUAUAGCGUUUUUCAGCAACAAGGCACUCAAGGCGCUGUACAUAAGGAAAAACAUUACAAUGAUACAGAAAAUCAAACAACAGAGGUAAU